AUGGCGGAUAUUAUUACAAGAAAGGCUGAAGGAGGGCCAGAAAAAUUCCCACCUGCCCGCCCCAGUGCCAAGAAUAUCGGGAACAUCUGCAAGGAUGGGAGUAAGAAGCUGUCCCAGGGCCUGAAAGGCUCCGGUUACUCAAACGUCUAUGACAAGGCUAAUGUCCUCGUGGAUCUGGGAGGCGCACUGGGCAAGUGCUGCCAGCAGUCUGAAAAAGAGAAGCUCCCUUGCUCCCAGAAAGCAUGGUCAGCCCUCUUGAACAAGAUGUGCGAACAGCAAGGCGCAGUAAAGAUGGAACAGAAUAAGUGCUGCCUAAUGGAUGGUGCCGCCAUGGAAAACUGUUUUGACCAGAAUUCCCGCUUCCCAAAUUACGAUUUCAAGAAUUGAUGGGCGAUUCUGUAGUGACCAACGUAACAUUUGCAGCUUCUUUGCAUAUAUACUGCGUGUGAUUUGACUAGUAUUAUGUAACUCCAAUUAACAUGAAGCUGUUUCUUACCUGCCUUGAUCCUUCCCUAUAAAAACAAUCAAUCAUUAUGGCCAAGGUUGUUUAAAUGUUUUCUUUUUAUUGUGUUUUUUCAAAAAGAUGUAGCCAAUGUAACAGCUUUGCAACCUCAAGAACUUAUCUGUAACGUGGGCAAGCUUUUCCUCUGAAAGUAUGAAUCAAUUUUUCUUCUGUUUGUUGCACUAUACUAACGUUUCACGGCCAAGUGUCAAAUCGGUGGUAAUGUUUAUUUGAAAACUGCAGAAAAGAGGUUUUCUGGCAAAUGAAAUGUGACCAACGUAACAUGACCGAUGUAACAAUGUGACAAUUCUUUCCUAGACAAUCACAAAAUAAAGGACUUCAUGGCAUGUGA